AUGAUUAGUAAACGAAUCAUUGACGUAACGUCGUCAUUAGGUGUUUCAACGAAAUUUACGUCAAAAAGGCAUUUUGCUUCAAAAUUGUUCAAAGAAAAGUAUGCAAAAACACGACCAUUUAAAACACCAACAAUGAUUGCGAUGGAUAAUUUCGAUUUCUAUUAUGGACCAGUAUAUGGUAAUCAAUGGCCAUCAAUACGUUUAGGAUUACUUACACCGAAUAAAUAUUUUGCUGUGUUAAAUAAAUUUUCAAGAAAUCGACAGAAAAAUGAAGCACAGUUAAAAGAUCUAGGCGCAUAUAAUGUUCUGGAAAAACUUCAUCAAAAAGUUGAUAAGAAGGAUAAUACACAUGUAGAGUACGAAGAAUAUGAACCGAUAUCAUCAAAUGAUACGUCGAAAACUAAUGAUUCGGUUGAAAAUGAAUUGGAUUCUAUAUAUAUGCGUGGUGAGGGAGGAUUGGGACAUUUUCGACAGUCUGGUGAAAUUGCAUCGUUAGAGGAACGAGCACAUUUCAAAACUCAGUUAUCGAAAGAUGGAAAUAUCAGAAAGAUUAAUAUCACUGGUUUUGAAGGACAAUGCGUUGAGUUACCGACAAAAAGUCAUGUAUUAACAUAUCCAACUGAACUGAUUGUAUAUUCCUUUCCAAAGGGUGAUUUAUCUGAUUAUCCACCCCCUCCGAAAGAUGAAGUUGGAACUCCAGGUUGGUGGCUUCUUGAUGGAGGCUCACUUGCGCCCGUUCUAGCUUUGGGUUUAACCGAAGAGUCAAAUGUCUUAGACAUGUGUGCUGCACCAGGCGGAAAAAGUUUGUUAAUUGUACAGACUGGUUUAAUGACUAAUUUGACAUGCAAUGACAAUAAACAAAGCCGCUUGGGUCAGUUGCAUCGAGCAUUGGGACAAUAUAUACCGGUUAAUUCAGAUGUUGCUAAUCGAAUAAUAUUGAAGAGAAAAGAUGCAUCAGUAUUGGAUUAUUGGGAUGAAUGUAACACUUAUGAUAGGGUUUUGGUGGAUGCACCAUGCACUUCCGAUCGUUUGUCAGUAAACAGAGAUGAUGGUAAUCUAUACUCAACUCAACUAACUGAACAGCGUUUAAAUUUACCAGAAGUACAAACACGAAUGCUUGUCAAUGCAUUACGAUCUGUUCAAGUUGGUGGUUAUGUUGUUUACUCAACAUGCGCAUUAUCUCCAGUGCAAAAUGAGGGAGUUGUUGAAAAUAGUGUAGCAAUAGCAGAUGAACAUUUUGGAAUAAAGGUGGUAGAGUUGUCAUUGUCGCAAAUGGUAUCACAUUUCAGAAAUAUAUAUCGAUUUAGUGAUAAACCUCGCAGAGGUAUUCUUAUACUUCCUUUUUUACCCUCUAACUGUGGUCCAAUGUAUAUGUGUAAGUUGCAGAGGAUUCAAUAG